UAAUAGAUGCUGUGUUUGUUUCCCGUAUUUUAGGUCUUAUUGGUAGUAUUCAGAAUAAUUGUAACUGAUUUCAUAGGACCAGACAGGGCCAACCUGCUGUAAGUGGCAACGACAAGACCAAGUAAAUGAAUGGAUAAUGACCAUGUAGAUCAUAAUGAGAUUGAGGUGGUAGAGGCUCUCUUGCUGACCAUGGCGCAGCAUCUUUGCUUGGGUCAUGCGGUGUCGAAAGUAGAAGAACAAAAUUGUGUAAAGGCUCUGAUCUGGGUGAGAAUCCUCUCCUUGGGUGCUCAGUCCUGUGCCAUUGUGAUCGUCCUUUACCUUUUUAGCCUUUGAUUCCCCAUCUGACAACUUUGCCUUUCGCUUCAGGUUAACGCCCUCACC